AAAAAUAACUAUAAUCAGAAACAGUAAAAGAAAGAAAAUGGAGGAGAAAAAUUCAGUAAAGCUAACAGUGAAAUUCAGCGGAAGAUCAAUACCCAUAUCAAUCUCUUCAAAUUCGACAAUCAAAGAUCUGAAAUCCCUUCUCCAACCCCUCACCAAUGUUCUUCCCCGUGGCCAGAAGCUCAUCUUCAAAGGCACGGUGUUGGAUGACGCCAAGACAGUGGCGCAAUCAGCGCUCACUAAUGGAGCCAGGAUCAUGCUCAUUGCCUCCCAGGGUUUGCACCAAGGGGAUGGCCCUAUUCUUGAAGAUGCUAAGCCUCGUCCUAUUUCAAGGGCUAAUGUAACUAAUGAUAAAACGGUGAAUCCAAAGGCUGAAGUUUCUAUUGAAAAGUUUCAUUUGGAUCGAUGGAAGCUUACAGGAAUUAUUCCAUUGGCUGAAUCCAACUUAAAGUUGCUACCAAAUGAAGUGUGGGCUUGUGGACUUUCAACAAGAGUUCUUGAUGUCAGUAACAACCACAUUCAAGAAAUACCAACCAAAAUUAGCUGUUUAAGUUCUAUGCAGAAACUUAUCCUGAAUGGAAAUGACCUCUCAGAUGAUUCUAUUCAGUGGAAAGCACUUUGCACUUUAAAGCAUCUGACACAACUUUUUUUGAGCCAAAACCUUUUAUCGGCAUUGCCAUCUGAAUUGGGUGCUCUGAGGUCUUUGAGGCAACUUCAUGUCUCGAACAACAAGUUGAACUGUCUCCCAGUUGAAAUUGGACUCCUUACUCAGCUGGAGGUUUUGAAAGCCAAUAAUAACAGGAUAUGCACCCUUCCUACAUCUAUUGGGGACUGUAUUUCUCUUUUUGAGGUUGAUCUUUCAUAUAAUCUUCUGACAGAUUUGCCAGAAUCAUUUGGCAAUUUGCGUAAAUUAAAGACUCUACAGCUCGGCAACAAUGGAUUGAAGUCUCUCCCUCCCACACUAUUCAAGAUGUGCCUGCAACUCUCGACACUGGAUCUCCAUAACACAGAAAUCACAAUGGAUAUGCUUCGACGGUUUGAAGGUUGGGAAUGUUUUGAUGACCGCCGUCGUUUAAAGCUCCAGAAACAACUAGAUUUCCGAGUUGCGGGCUCUGAUGGAUUUGAUGAGGGUGCUGAUAUAUUUUGAUUGUCUGAUUCUGUAAUGUAUAUUUGGCAGGAGCGAGAUUUGUUGGGACGGAGAUAUUUUCUACAAUAAUGGAUAUUUUUAUCCAAUUGCUGAUAAAGUCAGAUUUUGGAUUGAAGUAGUUCUGAGCUGUUGGAUUUCAUCUACCACUGUAACAGUUAACAAUAGUAACACAAACAAUUGAAAGCUGCUACCAGGCUAA